UUUUCUAGGCCAAAAUGGACAGCACUUUCUUAAAAUAUGGGGAUGUGGUUAAUAUUUACUACGAAACUGGACCUGGGUUCCUCCAAUCCCAAGGCUUCACCAACCCAGGAUGUUACAUACAGCACCAACCUAAGGAGACGAAGCAGUCUUGCCGAAAUUUCAGAGAUUUUUGAUUUAAAAUUUUACCGAAAUUGACCUACGAAGCUAGCAAAGAGUAUGAUAAUUUACUUAGCAUCAAGAAGAAAGAUACAAACAACAAGGAGGCCCUAAUUAACAUAGAGCAAAAGCUGAGGAUUUACCAAAAAUAAACUUCAUGAUGAGGAAGAUCUCAACAAGAAAAUGUGCCAGAUUAAGCAAGGAGAAUGGGUAACAUAUGGCAAUGAAGUCCAACUUAUGCACUGUGAUUCCCUCGGAUUCAUUUCAGCAAACAAAGUAUGUGCUGAUUUUGACAGAAGUUGUAACAAGAUCGAAAUCACAGAGAAAGGCUCAAGCUCAGCUAUUUUCAGAAUCCUACCUCGAUACAAAUUUAGGCAAGAAGGAGAAAGUAUCCUUUACAGAGACCAAAUAGUUUUCUUGAAUAUUAAAACCAACCUUUACCUGCAUAUCACAGAGAAAUGGAUCGAAAAGAUGGUUCCGAUUAAGAUCCCACAUGAGGAUUGGAGACCUCUUGAUGCAGACAGAAGGGAUGAUCCUUCUGAAUUUGUAAAACGAUUUGAAGUUAACUGCUCUACUUCAAGUUCAAGAUUCCAAGCAGUCCCAAUGACUCAGGUAAAUGAAGAUCCUAAUAACAAAUUAAUCAAAGGCAACCAAGUAAUAAGACUCCAGCAUACAGAACUAGGAGGAUAUCUUACUUCUGAUGAUCUUGAUUUUACAGGCGAUGAACUUGCUGAAAUCUAUGUUAAAUGUUAUAAUGGCGACCCCAAAGAUAUGGAGGCCAUUAGCUCAGGUGACCUCUUUGAAAUAGAAAUUGCAUCUAACUAUGAUAGAGGAAGGGUCUGCAACUGGACAGAUCCUAAAGAUGAAAAGAACUCUUAUCAAUACAGACUGAGGCAUUUAAACUCUGGAAGAGUGGUAAGAACCCAAGAAGUUACAAUCACAGAAAAGUUCACAUCUCUUGGCCUUGCAGACCAUUGUGUGGAAGGAAGAGAGAUGGAAGAAAUGGAAGUAUCUCUUCUUAGCCUGAUCUCUACAACUGUUGAUCCUGAUGACAGAAUCACAGCUGGAACAAGUCUCAAAAUUAAGUCAGUCAAAGACUCUAAAUUUCUCUCAACAAAAUAUGACAAGGAGUGGACUGGAGGAGUUCAAGGAGGAGGUGAAAGGGCUCAAACUAAUGGUGCAUUACCUGCUAACUCUAAAAAUUCAUUCUCAGAUCUCAUUGGAGAAGUUGAAAACACCAGCGCUAUCGAGUAUCAAGGUAUAAGAAAUAAAGGGAAAAGUACAGGGAUAUAUAAUCCAUUAGACGAUGAAGAGCUCUAUAAUUGCAGAAAUCUUGUAGUUGAGUUACUUAAAUGUGCUUCGAACGAAGACACCUUUAUGAUCGUCCCUGUUGAUGAACAUGAGGUCAGAGACCUUUUGUUUAUCCAGACAGUGUCAAGCCAGUUAUUUGGGUAUACUAGAUACCUUCGUGCAAAUAGAAUAGAAGACAUCAAAGAAGCGCACUACACAAAAAUCAUAGAUCUUCUCUCAAAACUGAUCUUCUUCAUUAUCGAUACUGAAGGAAGCGACCCAAUUACCUGUAGUGGAGAGCCAAACAAGAUACGGCAGAAGUUAAUGAGAGAACUCAGAGUUAUAGAACUUCUCGUAGACUGAUUAUACUAUCCAUUCAAAGAUGACAAAGACUCCAUAUCUUUACUCUAACUGAUGAUAUGCCAUUAAAGAGGAUUAGUAUCCUGUGAUACAGGCUAAUCCUUCACUCUGUGAAAAAUUACCGACUAAAUGAGCUGUAUGCAAGUCAGUGGAUAGAACUAUAUUUCGAGCAAUCUCUCGCUUCAAUCGAGGUAAACAUCAAAGCUGAGAAUACUAUUGCUGUUCUGAUCUCCAAUAACAGAGUGUUGUUGGAGAAGCAGAUCACUACAAAGACUAUUGAUAAUUUUAUUAGUCUCUGCAGAGAGAAGAGGAAAGAUGAAAGAGUUGUACAACUCUUGACAGCUCUCUGAUCCUGAGGAGAACAAGCUAUUCUCAGUAAUCAGAAUGAUAUCAUCAAUAUUCUCCUUGAAAAUGAUGAAAACAGAGAAUCCCUAGUUUUUCCUAUUCAAAUGAGGCAUGACCGAAUAGAGGUAGGCAUCGUAGAUAGUAAAGGAGAUGCUCGAGAGUGGAUAGCACUCAGACACCUCAAAGAAGAUUCUGAAGAGCAUGAUAAUCACAGGCUGUAUAAAUAUUGUUGUGCGCUAAUUGACCUUGCUUCAGAAAUGUCCCUUGAGAGAAACCAUAGAGCUUUGAAUUUCUUUAUUGAUAUAUAUCCAAUCGACAUAGUAAUGAAAGCUAUUAUGCAUAAUGAGCUUGACUACAAUGUUAAGAGUAAAUUUACCAGAAUGAUCGAGAUUAUGUAUGUUAAUAGAGAACCAUUUGAUCAUCUCAAAGUGCCCUAUUUCUCACGAAUUUGGAGUGAUAUCUCCCUCAUUGGUAAUAGAAUAGAAUACUACAAAGGCGAGAUUCCUCAAUACAUUCUCGAAAUAAGAACUUUCACUGUGCAAUAUUUGAUCCAGGAUACUAAAGGAGAACAGAGUAUUUUCGAUGGAGAGAAGAACCAAAUGACUUUACAAGUGAUCAAACUUAUCAAGCUGAUGGUUUCGUAUGGGUUUUAUCGUACAAAAGAGGAACUUAGGGAACUCUCUGUGACCUUAAUCUCACUUCUAAAUGGAUCUAAUGAUAUCUACAAUCUCAAAAAUGAGGACUACUCUAAUGAUGAUGAGCUCAACCCUCUUAAUAUAGUCCCUCGAGCCUUAGUAGAUAAGGAUGAAAUUAACCCAAGAUAUGAGAAAACUCAAGAUAACCUGACGAUAAUGCAUUGCAAGGAGGAAAUCUGUGAUAUCCUCCUCAGAAUUCUUGAAAUUGAGAAUGACCUUAAAAUUUCCCUCUUCCUCGGUUACUUCAAAGAUGGAAUAGAGUCUAAUGCAAUUUUGGAGCUUGAUAAUUACGAAGAUCAUGGGUAUAACGAAUCAGUUUCUCAUAAAGUCUUCCCAGAAGAAUUGAAUAGGAAGGACUUAACUGAAGACAUGGCUGAAAAUAAGCAUCUUUCCCAAAAAGCAAACCCUCCCAAAAAUCCUAUAAAAGACUCAGAUACAAUUAAAUGGCUUGAAAAGGUUUUAAUGGGGGAGCAGCUAUUUGACGCCUUCCCACAAGGUUCUUAUGUAUGCAUCUUAAUGGACUUACUUGCCUAUGAUUACACAAAUUUAAACAAUAAAGCCUUUGAGCUUUUGCUAAAAUUCUUCAAUCAAAGAAGUUCCUUGAUCGAACUUCUAGAGCAAAUUCAACUGCUUGAGAAGCCAGAUAGCAUAAAAAUCCUAAAAAGAGUGACAAAAAUCAGCCUUGAGCUUAAGAACUUCAUCGAUGUGGUCAAUCAAUGGGUAGAUGAAGAAAGCAAAAGCACCAAAAAUAUCAUUGAUAUCUCUGCUACAUUACUUAGCACCAAAGAAAGCGUGGACUACCUUGCCUCGAUUCUUGUGGAAAGGAAUCAAAACAGCAGACAAGGCAUUCUUGAAGAAAUCCCCAAUACAGGCAGAAGUCACGAAGAGUCGCUUGUAAUUGGCAUGGAUGGAAAAAUCAUGAAAAGAAAUGAAAUCUCUGGCAAAGAUCUUACUCCAAAUACUGAAAAUCAGAGGUUGAUGAAGAAUCUCGGAAUCCCAGGAAUCCUUAUCCAGAUUUUGAAGAUAAGUCUGUCUGAAGGCCAGAAGAACAAUGAAGAUUACCAGGACAUGAUCAUGUCGAUCUAUCUGUUUCUCAUCAGAUUCUGCACUGAUGAUCAAGAUAAUCAGGACAUGAUCGGAGAACACUUAGAUUUCUUCUUAAAAGAGUUGGAUUUCUGUCCUAUUGUGAUUUUCCUAAUCAAAGAGAUUUUCAAGAACAAUAAAGGUUUAAUGGCUUCUAAAAGAAUGUCAGUUGUGCAGUACAUUGCUCAAAGAGAAGCAAGAAUGAACAUUGAUUCUGUCCAGAAACAGCACUAUUUAAUGAUUCUGAAAACUCUUUCCAAGAAGCAGAGCAAAGGCUUUAAUAAAUCAGCAAAUGAAAUCCUGAACGUAAUCACUCCAAUUGAUGACAGCACAAUUCAAUGCUACUUCGAAAACAAGGAUGAAAUGAGACAAGCACAACAGUUAGUAGCUGACUUCAAGAGAGACAUCUGUGAGCAAUUCAUGAGUGUGAAAGAGAAGGAAGAGUCUGAUAAGCAAGAAACUCUCUCUAAAUCAGAGACUCUCUUUGGGUACCUUAAGAUUAUACUAGAUUAUCUUGAAAGAGCAGACUUUUUCCUCCCAUUCAAGAAAUCAGUAGUUGAGUACUUUUACCACAUGAUUAAGUCAAAGCAGAGGGAUAUCCUUAACUCAGAAUCCUGAAAUGAUACCUUCUGGAUAAUCAUAGGGAACCUGUUGGAAGAUUGUGAGUUUAAGGCGAAUGCUGAUGACCUUCAUGAUGAGGUGAAAUCUUAUGGAUAUCCUCUAAAUCAGAGUUUCAAGUCAAUUUCUGACACGUAUAUCUACAAAGUCGUAUAUAUGACAUUCUCCUCAACUAUGAGAAUGAAAUUUGAAUUUGACCAAGUGUCCCAAAUUAUGAAGCGUAUUGCUGUAGUGACCUCACAGCUAUAUUACCGAAAAGAAGACUCUCCUGAUAUGAUUAGAUGGGUCUCUGAUGUCCUAGUCACCAUGAAGAACACUUCAGUUUUGGCAAGGUAUCUCUCACAAGUUCGAACUCCCUUUGACGAGGAGGAUGAGAUCAAUCUUGACUAUCAUGGAGACCAGAAUACUCACAGACGUAUUAACAAGAGAAUUAUUAAAUAAAACUACCAUUUAUGUCCCAGGGCUUGGUGAGAAGACAAGAGCUGACAUGUUCUACCAAACAAUCAGCUCUGUAUCCAAGAGUGAGGAAAUGGACAGUUUGCUAAGCAAAGAGUUUGUGAAGUUGGUCGAUUGGUUCUCAAAAUUUUCAGAGAAAUGAGAUCCAAAUUUUGCAAGUCUUGACCCAAUUCAACACCUUUACAAGAUGCUUGAUCCUGAAAAUACCUCCCUUCAUGCGAAUCUGCAUAUUGCUGGUAUUAGAGUCCUCAGGAAAAUAAUUGAAGUUGGAAGCAAGGAGCUCCUCGGAAUUGACUCCGACAACGAAGAUGAAGAGGAAAGUGAAGAUGAGGAAGACCUCGACUAUAGUGAAUACAUCAAUUUCCUCGCAUCCAAAGGCUGUGUGGAGUUUCUAUGAGACUACAUCUCCAGAUGUGAGAAUCAUCUGGUACUUGAUGAGUGUAUCCUUCUUGCAAAUGCCUUACUGCAGGGCGGAAACCAGGAAUCUCAGGAUCGCUUCCUCAAAUACAUGCAAGAAGAUGAAGCUAAUAAUCUUCUUCUCAAGAUCAAAUUUAUGCUGAUACGUAAAUUUGAAAUUUGCAAGAAGCUCAUCACUGAUUCAGAAUCAAAAAUUAAGCAAAAUGCAGAGUUUUCAGAUGAAGAAUCAGAUGGCGGUCUUGACAAAAUAGAAGACGUCUCCAUCAUUGAGGAGGACAUUUUUGAAUCCACAAAUGGUGAUUUUGAAGAAGUAGAAGAGGAUGAUAUCGAUAUUUCCACCGAGGACCUUGAAUCUAGCAUUAUUAAUUGCAACAGAGUUCUCAGAUUUUUACAACUCCUAUGAGAAAACCAUAACCUUGACCUCCAAAAUUUCUUAAGAGUGCAAGGAACUGGCGGAUUGGUGAAUAACAAAACUUUUGAUUUCGUCUCACAUAUUUCAUUAAUGUUUGGAACAUUUAUCAAGGAAUAUACUAACUGAUAUUCCAGUGAUCUAGGAGACCAGCUCAUGGCCACUCUGACAGAGUUAAUCCAGGGCCCUUGCAAGGAAAACCAGACUUCUCUCAUCAACUGUAAGGUGAUAGACAACUGCACUGAGCUAAUUUUCGUCUAUAACUCUAAAAAUGUCCUCAGGCAAAAAGGAUUCAUUGGAAAAUAUGAAAUAGAGCUGGACGAACUCAAACAACACUGAGUGACCCUUCUUCUUUCUCUAAUUGAAGGGAAAUGAGAUGAGUACAUCAAGAAACAAAUGACCCAAGCUAUUGAUAACUUCUUAAUUGUGUUCCAAAGAAUGGACUUGAUUUAUAACAAAUUUGUUAAGGAAAAACUUGGACUUGAUCCCAAAACAGCUAGUCUGAGCCUUGUAACCAAUAACUUACAGAAAGAUAGCUUUGAUGAUUCGAUAAAUGAAGGAUUUGAGCUAUAUAUUCUAAUAAAAUUACUCCUAGUCGAUAAUGACCCUAGUGCAGUAGAGAAAUACAAAGAAUUCGAAGCACAACUUCCUCAUGAAGAUGACCCAGACAGUAUCCACAGAAGUAUGCAAUUUUACCAGAAGUUCACAGGAAUGUGCGAAGUUGUAGUUAAUGAUGAUCUUUUCAAGGUUUUCUUCCCUAUUCUUCCAAUCUGUAGAUUCCUUAGCGCGAAUAGUAAGAAGUAUUUUCUGGAAAAUGUUGAUAGAGAUUCCCCUCAGCUCAAAAUUAAUGGAUUCUUAGCAGCUAUCCCUGAUUUUAUUGAUGAAAUGGAGCACACUGAAAGCUUGAGGCAUGGAAAAAUCAAAAUUACUCCAAAAAUAGUCAACUUUAUCAGAGAUGUUUGACUUUACUUCGCUUUCAUCAUCAAUAUUUUGGUACUUUAUGAGUACGAAUAUGGACCAGUUGAUAAAAGUGAUGGAUCAUCAACUUUGAAACCUCAGGUGUACCAUGAUGUAGCUGAGACAGUGCUCUUUGGGCUAGGAAUCACAUUGAUAUCCUCUUGCUCGCUUCUACUACUACUUUGGCUUAUAACAAGUUAUUCAUUAUUGAACAAGCGUUACUGGAGGGCAUAUGUCCAGAAAAAUAGAGCAAUUGAUCCAGAGACAUUCAAAAAGUUUGAGAGUAGGAACUCCCUCAGAAUAAAGCCUGCAAAAGGCACACCCUUAAAAGAAGCUAGACAAGUUCUCAAAUUCUAUGGAAUAGAAUGAAGAGAAUUCAACUACUAUGGAAAGCUUGAUUUUGGACAUUUCAUAAUCAAACUAGAAUAUUAUUUGCUGUCUCUUUCAUUUAUCUUAAAAAAUUCGAGAUUUAAGUAUUUCUGAACCCUGAUCCUUUUGGCAGCUGCUGGAUUCUACUAUUCACCAGCUCUGUACAGCAUGCACUUAUUAGACGUAAUAGAGAGAUAUCCAAUCCUGAGAGAUGUGAUCAAGUCAGUGACACAGAAUUUCGUAGACUUGAUCCAAACAGCUAUCUUUGGGCUAGUUCUGAUUUACGUCUUCGCAGCAUUUGGUUUUGAAUUCUUCCAUGAUAUGUAUUUUGACGAAGAAGUUGAGCGAGACAUUACAGCAAAAAGAGGUGAAAGUACCUGCAAAACCUUCCUUCAAUGAGUCGGAUCCACUAUUGGCUAUGGGCUUAGGAUGGGAGGUGGAAUAGCAGACAAGCUAUCUGCUCAAACCUAUGCUGAUAAGGUUUUGUUCUAUCUCAGAUCUGGGUAUGAUUUACUAUUCUUCUUGUUGGUCGUAAUCAUCCUUCUGAACAUCUUCUCAGGUAUCAUUAUCGAUACAUUCGCUCAGUUGAGGGACCAAAAGACUGACUUUACACACAACAAGAACAACGUGUGCUUUAUCUGCUCGAUUGAUCGGUAUGAAUUUGAUAGAAACGGAGAUGGAUUUGAAAAGCACAUUGAAAAAGACCACCAUAUCUUCCAUUACCUAUACUACAAGAUUUAUAUCAAGAACAAACCUACGACAGAGUAUAAUGGGACUGAAUCUAAUAUAGGAGAUGAUAGUUCUUGGUUCCCUUUCCAUAAAGCAUUAGUAUUAGAGCAAGCAAAGGAGAAGGAAAUUCAUCAGGAAGAAGAUGCUAACGAGCUCCAGCUGAAGAUCAACUCCUUGGAGAAAAUGAUAACCUCGAUUGAGAAAAACCUCGCUCAUUAGUAAUCUUGCA